UAAUUGGUGAGAAAAAAUUUAAUUGAAGGAAAGCAAGAAAAAUGACAUCACUUCAAACCGAAUGAGAACAGGCGAGGAAAAUUCUACUUUAUCUUGGAAAAUUAUGCUACAUGCAAUCGCAGCUACGGGAAGAGAUAUAGCGGUGUUUUGCAAUGCGAAUCUACGUCCGGGUCGAAGACGAGGCACAUGAAGAGCUUCAACUGCGAUUUCGCGAACGAGGAUAGAGCGGUUCCCAUGGCGAACAGCGGCCACGGGGUCGCCGUUAAUGGCGUGGGCGCUCCUGGUUCGGGCACUUUGUCAAGGGAGGAGAGACGCAGGCGAAGAAGAGCCACCCAAAAGUAUCGAACCGCACACGCUACACGGGAAAGAGUCAGAGUGGAGGCGUUCAACUUGGCGUUUGCGGAACUACGAAAGCUACUGCCGACCUUGCCACCAGACAAGAAGCUCUCGAAAAUCGAAAUUCUUCGGCUGGCAAUUUGCUAUAUCGCUUACCUGAAUCACGUACUCCAAGCUUGAAUUUGCGUAUCUCAAUGAAUAGAGAAAGAAGACUUAGAACUCUGUUUCUUCAUCAUCAUAUGCUGAUUGAAAUGCGAACUGACUGUCGAUCAUUUUUUUAAAGAAUAAGAAAACAUUACUUAUACAUAUUAUUUU